AUGGAUACUUUGUUUAGACUAGCCAACCUCCAAUCUGAUCAUCAGUCCUCCUUCUCCUUCAACUCCAGCAGAACUUCAAGCAGCUCCAGAUCUUUCAGACAAAACCAUCGCCAACAAGACGAAGAAUGCUACAACUUCGUCAUGGAUGAAGAUGACUUCUCUUCUUCCUCUUCAAAACACUGCUAUCCAUACCCACACAGCCACCAACCUUCCAUCACCCCCACCUCCACCAGUACUAACACAAGCAAUCCAACACACCAUGCCCAUGAAAAAGCCCACUUCUCUCUCUCCCCUGAUAUAAACUUUGAAUUCGCCUCUUCGUUUUCCGGCAAGUGGGCAUCGAAGAUCCUCCUCGAGACAGCUCGAGCAAUUGCUGAUAAGAACAGUGGACGUGCCCAACAGUUGAUGUGGGUGCUUAAUGAGCUCAGUUCACCUUACGGUGACACCGAUCAAAAGCUGGCGUCUUAUUUUCUUCAAGCCUUGUUCAGCCGGAUAACAGACUCCGGCGAACAGUGUUACCGGAAUUUAACAUCGGCUUCGGAACAGACUUGUUCUUUCCAAUCUACUAGAAAGAUGGUGCUGAAAUUUCAAGAGGUGAGCCCUUGGACUACGUUUGGUCAUGUCGCUUGUAAUGGUGCAAUCAUGGAAGCUUUUUAUGGUGAGAGACAAUUACACAUAGUUGAUAUUAGUAACACGUACUGCACACAGUGGCCGAUUUUGCUUGAAGCACUAGCGACUCGAACCGAUCAAACACCGCAUCUACGGCUCACCACAGUGGUGGCCGGCAAAUCUGGUGGUGCCGCCGGAGGGGUGGUUUCUGUGCAAAAGGUGAUGAAAGAGAUUGGAAAUAGAUUGGUGAAGUUUGCUAGACUUAUGGGUGUACCCUUUAAAUUUAACGUAGUACACCAUACUGGGGAUUUAUCGGAAUUGAAUUUAGCUGAAUUGGAUAUCAAAGAUGAUGAAGCACUUGCGAUCAACUGUGUCGGCUCGUUACAUUCUGUUACACCGGUUGGUGACCGCCGGGACCUUCUGAUUGCGAUUUUCCGGCGAUUACAGCCAAUGAUCAUCACCGUGGUUGAAGAAGAGGCUGAUCUUGAUGUGGGUGUUGAUGGGUUUGACUUUGUUAAAGGAUUUCAAGAGUGUUUGAGAUGGUUUAGGGUUUAUUUCGAGUCAUUAGACGAAAGCUUUCCUAAAACUAGCAAUGAGAGAUUGAUGCUAGAGCGGGCCGCUGGAAGGGCAAUUGUCGACCUGUUGGCAUGCCAGCCGUCGGAGUCGAUCGAGAGGCGCGUGACUUCCACGCACUGGUCGAAUCGGCUGCAUGCAAGUGGGUUUAGCCCUCUUUCGUUGAGUGAAGAAGUAUGUGAUGAUGUACGCGCUCUUUUGAGGAGGUACAAGGAGGGUUGGUCGAUGACACAGUGCACGGAUUCUGCCGGAAUAUUCUUAUCGUGGAAGGAUCAGCCGGUGGUGUGGGCUGCUGCAUGGAAGCCUUAA